AUGGAGAAUUACAGUGUGUACUCGUGUAACUACCAGAUGAAAGAUGAGAAUGGAAAUUCGGUCCCACAAAGUAACACACAAAAUGAACUACAUGGUAUGAAUAAUACAUCAAAUAUGAAUAAUCAGAAUAUUAUACCACAGAAUAAUCAUUAUUAUGGUAAUGAUGUUAAUUAUCCUAAACCUAAUUAUUCAAAUAAUAAUUACAAUUAUAUGGCUUAUCAUAAAAUGAGUUGUCUCAAUUAUGUAUAUCCCUAUAAUCCUUAUAGAAAUAAAAAUUACCCAUAUGGUAAUUUGCCGAAUAUCUAUUAUCCAGAUGGUUAUUAUGCAAAUUAUUGUUAUCCAAAUUAUUAUUAUCCAAUUUAUUAUUAUCCAAAUUAUUAUUAUCCUAAUAAUUAUUAUGCAUAUAAUAAUUUUCCGCAUAAUAAUUUUCGACAUAAUAAUAUUCCGCAUAAUAAUUUUCGACAUAAUAAUAUUCCGCAUAAUAAUUUUCUACCUAAUAAUUUUCCACAUAAUAAUAUUCCGCAUAAUAAUUUUCCACCUAAUAAUUUUCCACAUAAUAAUUAUGCAAACAAUAAUACAUAUUAUACCCUUGGUUAUCACGAGACAUAUAGCGAGAGGAAGUAUAUAGAUAACAAUGUACCUAAUUUACCAAGAAAUUAUUCUUAUGAUAACAUGAACAGAACAUGGAAUUGUAACAAUAUUUCUAGUAUGAACAAUAUGAUUAUAUCUACCAAUAGAGAAUCUAAUUAUAUGGUGUAUACUGAAGAUACUAUUAACACUACACAUAAUAUGAACAAUUAUGUAAAUAAUUAUAGAAGUUGUGAAAUUAAUGCGGACAAGAAUAAUGGUAGCAAUGAACAGUGUAUCUCUGAUGUGAGGGAAACGGAAUAUGGACAAAACAAAGAUGUUCAUGUUUUUGAGGAAAGUGUAAGGGAUUACACAAACAAUUAUAUUAAAGAAAGAAAAAAAUAUAUUUUUUUGUAUAAUAAUAAUGAGAAUAAUUAUAAAGAGAUACUUAAUGAAUAUGAAAGUAAUAUGGGAAAUAUGGAUAAUAUGAGAAAUAUGGAUAAUAUGAACAAUAUGGAUAAUAUGAGCAAUAUGAACAGUGUGGAUAGUAGAAGAGAAAAUGUGCGUAUUACAAAUGAUGUCAUCGAAAUUGUUAGUGAAUUGGAAGAUAACACAGAAAAUAAUAACCUUAUGGAUGAUAACACAGAAAGUAUAAUUAAUAUAGAUGACAACUCAGAAAAUAUAUAUGAUUCAGAUCAUUACACAGAAAAUGUAUAUAAUUCAGAUAAUAACUCAGAAAAUGUAUAUAAUUCAGAUCAUUACACAGAAAAUAUAAUUAAUAUAGAUGACAACUCAGAAAAUAAUAACCUUAUGGAUGAUAACACAGAAAAUAUAUAUGAUUCUGAUCAUUACUCACACAAUGCAUAUAAUUCAGAUGUCAACUCAAUAAAUAUACUUAAUAUUGAAGAUAACAUUGAAAACAUGAAUUAUUCAGAUGAUAUAUCAGAAAAAAAUUGUAAUUCCAAUGGAAAUACAGAACAUAUAUCUAUCACCAAUGAUUACACAGAAAAUAUGAGCAACAUGGAUAAUUACACAGAAAAUGUGAGCAACAUCGAUAAUUACACAGAAAAUGUGAGCAACAUCGAUAAUUACACAGAAAAUAUGAGCAACAUCGAUAAUUACACAGAAAAUAUGAGCAACAUCGAUAAUUACACAGAAAAUAUGAGCAACAUCGAUAAUUACACAGAAAAUAUGAGCAACAUCGAUAAUUACACAGAAAAUAUGAGUAAUACAGAUGAUUACAUAGAGAACAUAACCGAUACCGAUAACAACAAAAGAAACGAGACUAAUGAUACAAAAGAUAUUAACAAUUCAUUUAAUAAUAAUACUAAUGAGAAUAAUUAUACUAAAAUAACAACAUAUCAUAAUAAGGGCAACGUGAAAUCUUAUCCUUUAGAUAAACUACACAAACAUGUGAAAAGUAUAAUUCUGGAAAAUCAAGUAUAUAAACAUAAUAAUGAAAGUGAACAUGCGUAUAUAGACAAUAAGAAGAACUCACUAAUUAAUUCAAAUAUUGAUGAUUGUACUGAACCAUAUUCAGACGUAAAUAAAACCUAUCAAUAUAAAAAUGAAUCCAUUAAAAAUGAAAUAGGAACUGAUAUGUGUAAUCACACAAAUGAUGAAAAAUAUGUAAAUGAGGAUAAUGUGGGAAAUCUAAAAAAGAAAAAAAAAAAUAAGAAAAAAAAAAAUAAAAAAAAUAAAAAUGCACAAGAUUGUACCACUAGUGAAGAAGUUAAAAAUAAUGUGGAAAGAAAUAAUGAAGAAGAAGAAAUUAAAAAAAGUAAUCAUAUAAAUGAUACAACAAAAAAUGAAAAGGAUACUCAUUCGGAUAACAAUAUGAAAAGUGUUCCGAAUAAUAAAAAUAAGAACAAGAAUCAAAAUAAAAAUAUGUGUACUAAUAUGGACCAUAUAAAUAUGAUGAAUAACAUUGAUUGCAUUAAUAUGAACAAAAAAAAUUAUAUGUAUAAUAUAAAUAAUAUGAAUUAUAUGCCUAAUGUGAAUAGUAAGUAUGAAAAUUAUAGAAAUUAUCCAUAUUAUCCAAGAGCAUCCAAUUUACCAUAUAACAAUGAAACUAUGAUAAGAAGCUCAAAUGCACCAUCUGUCCAACCCUUUAAAAAAAUAAUCAACGAUAACUCUAUGAAUAGUUCAAAUAAUCAUUUUAGGGAAGGUUCUAAUGUAAAUAGUUGUACAGAAGAAAAUACAGGAGCUAACAAUAAGGAAAAAAUUUUUGUAAAAUCUUGUGAUGAAAAUAUUAUGAAAAAUUAUCAACAUCCGGAAAACAUCAACACUGGAGAAAAGAAUGUGUCUGUUCAAGGGGGUGAGGAAUGUAAUGAGAAUAUAGAAUCAAUGAAUAAUAACACAAAAAAUGUACCGGAAAUUUUUAAUACAAAGAAAAGAAAGUAUAAAAAUAAAGUUGGCAUUAAAAAUAUGAACGAUAAGGAAAAGACAGAUAAUGUGAAUAGCAAGAAUGAUGAUAACAAUGGGAAAAAUAAUAUAAAAGAUAAUGGCAAGUAUGAAAUUAUUAAUUCUUCAAAUGUGAAGGAUGUACAUCAAGUUGAUAAAAUUAAUAAAAAGGAAACACUCAACUGUAGUGAUAUUAGCAUAAAAUUAAAAAAUAAUAUGAACAGUGAUAAGGAUGAAAAGGAUGAUGAUGAUGAUGAAAAGGAUGAUGAUGAUGAUGAAAAGGAUGAUGAUGAUGAUGAAAAGGAUGAUGAUGAUGAUGAAAAGGAUGAUGAUGAUGGUGAAAAGGAUGAUGAUGAUGAUGAAAAGGAUGAUGAUGAUGAUGAAAAGGAUGAUGAUGAUGAUGAAAAGGAUGAUGAUGAUGAUGAAAAGGAUGAUGAUGAUGAUGAAAAGCAUGAUGAUGAUGAUGAAAAGGAUGAUAAUGAUGAUGAAAAGUAUGAUGAUGAUGAUGAAAAGGAUGAUAAUGAUGAUGAAAAUGAUGAUGAAAAGUAUGAUGAUGAUGAUGAAAAUGAUGAUGAAAAGUAUGAUGAUGAUGAUGAAAAUGAUGAUAAGGAUGAUGAUGAAAAUGAUGAUGAAAAGGAUGAUGAUGAAAAGGAUGAUGAUGAAAAUGAUGAUAAUGAGGAUGAUGAUGAAAAUGAUGAUAAGGAUGAUGAUGAGGAUGAUGAUGAAAAUGAUGAUAAUGAGGAUGAUAAUGAGGAUGAUGAUGAAAAUGAUGAUGAUGAAAAUGAUGAUAAUGAGGAUGAUGAUGAAAAUGAUGAUAAGGAUGAUGAUGAUAAUGAUGAUAAUGAGGAUGAUGAUGAAAAUGAUGAUGAUGAGGAUGAUGAUGAAAAUGAUGAUAAUGAGGAUGAUGAUGAAAAUGAUGAUAAGGAUGAUGAUGAUAAUGAUGAUGAUGAGGAUGAUGAUGAAAAUGAUGAUAAUGAGGAUGAUGAUGAAAAUGAUGAUAAUGAGGAUGAUGAUGAAAAUGAUGAUGAUGAGGAUGAUGAUGAAAAUGAUGAUGAAAAUGAUGAUGAUGAGGAUGAUGAUGAAAAUGAUGAUGAUGAGGAUGAUGAUGAAAAUGAUGAUAAGGAUGAUGAUGAUAAUGAUGAUGAUGAUUAUAAUGACGAUGAUUACAAUGACGAUGAUUACAAUGACGAUGAUUACAAUGACGAUGAUUACAAUGACGAUGAUUAUAAUGAAGAUGAUUACAAUGACGAUGAUUAUAAUGAAGAUGAUUACAAUGACGAUGAUUAUAAUGAAGAUGAUUAUAAUGAUGAUGAUUAUAAUAAUAAUAACAAUAAUGAUAAUAAUUUAAAGAACAAUUAUUCUUUAGAAAAUAAAAAUAUAAGUGAAAAUAAGAAAACAUCAAAUAUCAAAAAUAUGUUUGAUUCUAAAAAAAAGAUAAAAAAGAAUAAGAAGUUUAAAAAUGUUCAAAAUUGUCGAAGUCAAUAUAAUAAUAAUAAUCAUUGUGAUAAGUGUAAUAAUAAUAUUUUCACUGGAAUGAAUAUGAAAAAUAUGAAUUCUGUAAAUUAUAUUAAAAAUAGAAAAAAUAUGCAUAACAAUAAUUGUAGGAAUACAAACUGUAAUGUUAUGAAUAUGGAAAAGAAUAAGAAAAAUAUAAAAUAUAAGAACCAUACAUAUAACAUGAUAAAUGUAAAUAAUACAAAUAAUAUAAAGAAUACAUAUCCAAUGAAUACGAAUUUUAAUAAAAAUUUAUUUUAUGGAUUUGGAUAUAAUAAAUGUGAAUAUAUCCCAAUUAUAUAUGAUUAUCAUAUAUGUUAUAAUAAAAAAGAAAAUUUAUCUUUAAAAAAUGACAUGAAAAAGAAAAAAAAAUUAGUAGGUAAAAGCAGUAAUACCAAUGAAAAUGUAAAAUAUAUACCCCAAUCUAAAUGGAAUGAUAGACAUUAUAAUAAAUAUUAUAUUCAUUAUAAUGGAAAAACGAAAAAUGAAAAAUUUAGACACAAUUGUUUUUACAAAAAUUUUGAUAUUCUUAAUGGGAAUAAAAGAAGUGACAAAAAUUUUAGUUAUAAUACAAAAUCAAAUAUUUAUAACAUUCAAGAUAAUAUUAAUAAUAGAUAUAAUAAUAAUGAUACAUUUAAGGUCUAUAAGGAUAUAAUCAUAACACUGAACGGACCACAUAAUUAUCCAGAAAAUACUAUUAUAUAUUAUUUAUAUACAAGAGAGAACUCAUCUUUAAAUAAUAAUAUGAGGAAUUCUUAUGAAAAUAAUAUACAUAAAAAAAACAAUGACCUCUUCAAAAAUGAUAAACCCAGAUCCUCACAAAAUAAUAUAUUUCGCCUUUAUAAUAGAAACAAUAAUUCAAACUAUAGAAUAUUUCAAAAUGUAAACAAUCAUAAUAGAUCAAACAUAAUCUCAAGCAACACCGUAAACGAUACAACACAAAUAAAAAAUGAAUUUAAUAGUAAAGAAUAUGAUAAAACAUCUGAUUGCGAUAAAAAUAAUACCCCCUUAAAGAACGGAUGUAAUCAAGGGUUUCAAGAUAAUAAUAGGCACAAAAAUAAACAAAACAAACAAGACAAACAAAACAAACAAGACAAACAAAACAAACAAAAUAAACAGAACAAACAAAAUAAAAAAGUUAAAAAAAUUAAAAAAAAUAAAAAAAAUAAAAAAAUUAAAAAAAAUAAAAGAAAUAAAAAAAUUAAAAGAAAUAAAAAAAAUAUUCAGAACAACUCUUUAGAAGAUAAAAUAGAAAUAUAUGAAUCAGACAAAUGUAAUCAUAAUGGUGUUUCCAAAUGUGACAUAAACAAUUUAGAGGUAAGUGUAGAAACAAACAAACCCAAAAGUAAAUCUUAUAAUUAUAAUAGUAAUAACAACAGUUCACAUAUACAAAUGAGUAAUAAUGAAAGAAACAAUUCUAAAGGGAAAAGUACAAGAAUUGAAAAUACUAUAAUUAGGUUUGACCCUUUUGUGGAUAAAAAAAAAAAAAAUAAAAAUAAAAAUAACAAUAAAAAUAAAAAUAAAAAUAACAAUAAAAAUAAAAAUAAAAAUAAAAAUAAAAAAAAAAAUAAAAAUAAAAAUAACAAUAAAAAUAACAAUAAAAAUAAAAAUAAAAAUAACAAUAAAAAUAAAAAUAAAAAUAACAAUAACAAUUAA